GAUAAUAUGAAGAUAAUAGUAAUAAAAGUAGUAUUUUGUGCCAUUAUAUCUAUUGAUACAAGCUAACAGCAGUAAUAAGCAAACAGUACCUUGGUUAGAUCUCGUUUAAGUUGGUAGUAGGACUGUUAGAACAGACUGAUUAUCGGAUGUUUGAAACUUGAUAAUUACCAAAAUUAGUAAAGAAAAAAAAGAUUUACAAUGAGCAUUGGUAGCUUACAAUAUCUCUUCUUUUUCUUUCUUAGUCUCCUUUUUGCUUAAAAGCAAAGCUAUAGUACACACAGAACUCAAAUGGGCAGUGCUGCCUCUCGUGGAAUUUAUAAAAAGAAGAAACAACAAAGUGAUCAAGCUGUCUGUGAUGAACAAGAAUUUGAAGAACCAUUGUCGUGCAGAAAAGAUUGUCAAUCCAUUUCUGCUUCAAGAACCACUUCUAUUAGUCGAUCAAGUUCAAUUCUUAGUGACAUGAAAGGAUGUAUGCAAAGAAUGCUAAGCAAGCCAUCAUCCAGCUUGGAAGUGUCGAUUCAUUCUCUAAGGAACAACACAAUCAAAAGUGUAAGCAGCUCAGCGUCAUUCGAUUUAAAUCUCAAAGCAUGCCAGGAUGAAAAGUACUUUCUUGGUGCUGACGAUAUGGCUCAAGAUUACCUUUUAAGUGUCCACUAUGUUGUUAAACACUUGUUUGGCAGCGACUUUUCCCCUCCAAUCUACGAUCUUUUAUCCAACUCGAUCUCUGUCGCAAAGGAUCCCGUUUCUAGUCCUCAUACCCCCAUCACUCCUCCUUUUGAAAAUUGCUGUCGACCUAUGAGUGACCAAGGCACUGUACCUCGGGUACUAGACAUCGUCUGUGGACCUGGCACUUGGAUCAUGGAAAUGGCAUCCACUUUCCCCGAUGCUCAAUUUUAUGGUAUUGAUUUUGUCACAAGCUAUCCUAAAAACAUCAAGCCUCGUAAUGCCCAUUUCUUGACUACCGACUUCUUAGGUCCGUCUGGACUUCCUUUUCCGGAUAUGCAUUUUGAUUUUAUUCACAUGAGACUUGUUUGGAGCUACUUUUCCAAAUCGGACAUGCAGUUUGUUAUGUCUGAAGUAUUUCGUGUACUCAAGCCUGGUGGGUAUUUUGAAAUAAGGGAUUGUGAUCCCGUUUUGAAAAAUCUUGGACCUACUGGCACACAAGUAUUUGAAAACUUUGUCUCGUACGUCCAUGAGCAACAUAACAUAGACGUAACCUGGACACAAAAACUGCCCACGCUCCUUGAACAUUUGGGGAAAUUGACAGACAUUCAUCAACAAGUAUCCACGCUUGCUUUUGAAGAACCUGGCUCAAUGAAGGCAUGUAUCAAUAGCUGUCUUAUUGAUUCCAUCAGAAGCUGUAAACGACUAUUCAUGGAGGCAUGUAACCUUUCUUUGGAUGAAUGUGAAAUGGCCAUACAGGGAAUAAUCGAUGAAGGAUUGGUCAAUCGGUCUUAUUUAAAUUUUUACGUUUGUUGGGGCCGAAAGUCACUGGUGACUGAACAACUGGUGACCACAAGUUCACCUAGUCGACAAGAGUCUGCUCAUUCCUCUUCCUGUGCAGAUAACUAUUGGGCCUGUAAAGAUGAUACAAACGUUUUACCACUGACACCCUGUCAAUCGCCUGAUGAGCUUCUUGAUUCCGAAGCUAUAUCGGAAAGUGCCGAUUACAUCUAUCAAUUUGCUAGAGGCUUUGUUGAGUAAGGAGAGAGAAAAAAAAAAUGAUACCUUAGACAAAGAUACCUUUUCAUAAAAAAAAAUAUGCUUCUACCUGGUCUUGUAAAUAUUAUUUUAUUUGAAUACUCUCUCUUUAAGAAAUAAACACUACAUGAAAUUAAUUAAAAGGGUUAAAUGAUAAGCUGAUAUUAUCAGCAUACUGGAUGAUCCCUUUGUUUGCUGAUAUAGAUGCUGUUCGUUCGGGUCAUAC